GGCCGAGGCGAUCUAUUUACCCUGGCCCUGGUGGUGCAUGUUUUUGGCGGGAAUCCUCAUCCUCCUCUCGAUCAUCUGGAUACCGGUUGUUGCCCUGACAACCUACCUGUCGGGACGGGGGUUACUUAAACAGGACAAGCCCACCAACUUCCCCCUGGAGACACUGAAACGAGAACGAGGCCUCUCAUCCACAGAGCGACCACCGUCCAGCAGGUUCCAGAAAGUUAUUCUUGGAUUUGAAGAUUGACUAUAAGAUAGAAAUAGAUCUAUAGAUUUGAAGUAGACUUAUAAUUCUAUUGUUUUUUUACUUGAAGAUGAAGUUGAAGUUGAAGAGGCACACCACCGACUUUCUGACACGCUUGAUGAGUUAGAAAAUAAUGAGCAAUGUCAACCACCCAGUAGGGUGAAGUAAGUACAAAGUAUGAUACGAUCCAUAAAGCAGAUGUUCGACGUUUGACUUUGAGUCGAAUUACCAUAUGUGUGGGGCAGCGUGGUGGAAUCAGGCUCUCGUCAAUGUUUGGGCAUGUAGAGUUAUUGGUA